AUGCCAAAAAAGAAUGGAAAGAAAAGCGGAGAUAAAUCAACCAAAAAAGAGAUCAUUGGAUUUGGAGACAAAACGUGUUUUGACGACGCAUUGUCUGAAGGUGGAAAAGAUUUAUACCGGUCGCAGAUACGAGACUUGGAGGAACAAUUGGAAAAGUGAGAGUUUUCAAUGGGUGCACAGAUUAUUUGUAUUCAUGUUUAGGCUAAUCUCUGAUCCUCUGAAUAAGAAAUAAUGUUGCGAGUAAACAUGCACUGACAUUAUCAGAUUAUUGUUGGAACAAUAGUUGGCUAUAAUAUAUCCACAUAAAGACAAAAUAGAACCCAUUGCCAUUAAACAAACUGCGGUGCAAGUGCGUAAAAUAGGCAAUAAGUCACGAAUCGCAAACUGCGGUGGAAGUGCGUAAAAUAGGCAAUCAAACACGAAUCAGUUAGGCCUAAUGCAAAAUAUGUGUCAUUUAUAAAAUACUGCACAUUAAUGUUAAAACAAAAUACACCAUAAUAAUAUGAAACUAAAUCAUGUUCAUUCCAAGCUUGUAGCCUUCCAAUCAAGUUUCCAUGAUGUCAUCUUAUUUUCUUUACUCAUAUUUGCAGAUAUCAGCACAAAUGUGAUGAGUUGGAGGUGCAACAGAAGGACUUCUCCUUUCAGUAUUUCACCAUUGAGAAGGAGAAGAAAGACAUAGUGCUCUACCUGAAGCGCUCGUUGGCCCAGAAGGAGGAUGAGCUCAGAGACUUGUUGGAGAGACUGGUGGGACUGCAGCAGGCCAAGGAUACUGAAAAGGACUCCUUUGAGCUGCAGCUCAGUCAACUUCGCCAAGAGUUCCAGGAGAACAAGGACAAGCUCACCUCAGAGAACAUGGUCCUUGGUAAGAUACUAAGAACCUCGACACCACAACAUCCCAUCCACAUGAUCCACCACCAGACUUUUAUUUAAAACCAGCUCUAAAAUACCUGAUCAAACUUUGAUCAUUUAAUUGUAUUACUCCUAUCUCCAUCCCCAUGCAGCGGGUAAGCUAGCAGCUCUCGAGGAGUUCCGUGUGCAGAAGGAGGAGCUGAUGGCCCACUUGGAGGGCCUGGAGGAGCAGCUUGGGAAGCAGAGACAGGAGCACCACACAGUCAUCUACAGCCUGGAGAGGAAGGCCGUGCUGGACAACGACAGGUCAAUGCCAUAUGUUAAGAAGUAAUUUGUACACUGUAUGAUCUGGUCAUUGCUGCUCAUGAGCUCCUGCUCAUGCUGUCCUCCCUCCCUUUCCCCUCUAGACUAAAGAAGGAGAUGCAGCAGCACGUGGCGGCGGUGGCAGCCGAGUUUCGGCGCGUGUCGGACAGGAAGAUGCCAGAGACGACCAUGAGGGCCAUCCACGAGAAUGUGUCUGUGACGGCCCAGCUCAGCCAGCUGUCGGACAAGAGCAAGCAGCUGCUGGAGGAGAACGAGGACCUGAGGGAUAGAGAGAAGCAUAUCCGCAGAGAGAUGGAGGUCCUGGAGCCCCUGUUCAACAAGAUGACCCGCAAGAGCCUCAGCAACCAGAAGGUACUGGGGAGGGAGGGAGAGAGAGAGAGAGGGAAGGAUAAGGGGUGAGAGAGAUGAUUGUCAUGAUUGUCAGCUUGCAUGAUUUUGGUGUAUCAACACCUCCACAUGAUAAUGACAGGACCUGUCUGAAGCCUGAUCUGAUUGCUGACUGGUUAACCUGCUCUUCCUCUCUGCUCCUCUUCUCUUUUCAUCAGGUGGUCCAUCAGCUCACAGAGAAGUGUAAGCAGAUGCAGGCUGAGCUGGAGGAGUAUGCUAAGGCUCAAGAGGAGCAUCAACAACUGCAGAAGGACCAUGUUGCACUGCUGACAGAGAUACAUUCCCUAAGGUCUGAUGAUUCCAUUCAGAAUUCAAAAAUACUCCAGAGUUCCUGUUCUAAACAUCAGGGGUGCACAGUUCUGGUCCUGGAAAACCGCAGUGUCUGCUGGUUUUGUUCCUUGUCAUUCAGUGACUGUUCUCUGAGCAGACAGUGUAAUUUACUGAUCAAUGCCUUGGAGAAACCAAAACUAGCAGGACUGUGGCUCUAUACACCCCCACUGUACAUUAUUUAAUUAGUAUUUUGCCUGGAUAACUGACAUUAAUGUGUAGCAAUGAUACAGUAUGUCUUAUUCAUGUUAGACAAAGGAAUAAUAAUUGAUUCAGCCUGUGACUGUGACAUUUAAAUGUCAGAUGCUUCCCUAGUCAGUUUGUUGUGACGUGAAUGCCUCAAAUGCCAACGACGAGUGAGCGAUAUAUUCAAAUAACAGUCAAACUAAUUCUCACAAAAUAUAUUGAAUUUCAAUGGAAAUGCAUGCAUGGAACUGCCUGAAAAGUCUGAUUCCUGUCUAUUGUUUUUAACCCAAUAUAUAUUGAAGAACUGAAUUAGUAAUUAACGCCAACCUUCUGGUUUGUUCCUACAGGCAGGUGCAGGCCUCGGUGUUGGAGGAGUCAGGGAGGAACUGUGCUGAGGCAAACAGGCUGGGGAGAGAGCUGGAGGAGGAGAGGGACGUGAGAGGACAACUGGAGACCAUCCUACAGGCAGCUGCCUUUGCCCUUAAACAGGCCCUCAAGGUAAACAAGUGCUAGGAAUCAAAAUCAUAGCAGUGUAAACCAGUGGCGGUCGGUGCCGUUUAAGAUGAGGGAGGAUUUUUUUAAUGAGCAUGGCCUUAUUUCUAUUACAGCAUAUUGGAUGACUGUCAUUCAUAUUCCAUUCACCCAGCUCAAUGAAACAUCAAUAGGCUUAGGCUACUACAUGAUUCUCAAAUUUCCCUAUACCAUCAUGAGGUUGCUACAACCUAGCCUAUGAAUGAAAGUUUACAACGUAGGUGCACAGGUCGAGAAAAAUUUGAGUAGUCAAGAUGACAGACAUUGACACAUUCAAUAUCGCCUUGCACAAUCUUGCCUGCAUCUAGCUGAUCUAGGGUGUAAUCAUUAGUUCAACAGUUGCAAACAAGAGUUUCUAUUGGAUAAAUUCAGUAAUUUUUUAUCCACGUUCUGUUUGCUUCAUUUAAGAAAUGGUUUUCAACAGAAUCGGCGGAAUGAAUACACCCCUGAUCACACGCAAACACAGUUGACUUUCAUAGCAGCCACAUACAAACAGCAUGAUCCCUUUGAUCAUUGGACAAUUCCUUCUCGCAUCUACGUGCUCUCCUCCUCUCACCUUUUCCCUUCGCUUGUGGACUUCAGUGCACAACACAUCAGCUGUCUGUGACCAGGAGAAAAAACCUUUCCAAGCCAAACCUUCAUAUCAUAACCGCUAACCGCUACACACAGCCUACAUCGUUGUCACCACAUUAGCUAAAGUCAAGUCAACAUAGCUACUAAAACGAACGCGUUAGUAAACCUGCUACAAUCAUGCAGUACAGUGUACAGUCAGCAAGCAGUUUAGCAGUUACACCGGCGGGCCCCGGUGGCAAUAAAUGAAUAAAAACCAAAAGCUCACCUUGACUUAGAAGAAUUCCAGUGUUGGAUAGCCAUAGCCAGCUAGGUAACAUAGCAUCCCUCUCUGUUUGAGCCGGGUGUUUGAGCCAGGUGUUUGAGUAUGCUAAACUAGCAUUCGCUAGCUAAGUAAGUGUAAGUGAAAAAAUAAAUACAAAAUAUAGCUCUCUCUCUUGCUGCUCCUUGAUUUUUGAAGAAAUUAAUUUGUUCAAAACUGUUCAACUAUUGUCUUUCUCUCUCUUUGAGUCAACUACUCACCACAUUUUAUGCACUGCAGUGCUAGCUAGCUGUAGCUUAUGCUUUCAGUACUAUAUUCAUUCUCUGAUCAUUUGAUUGGGUGGACAACAUGUCAGUUCAUGCUGCAAGAGCUCUGAUAGGUUGGAGGACAUCCUCCGGAAGUUGUCAUAAUUACUGUAUAAGUCUAUGGAAGGGGGUGAGAACCACGAGCCUCCUAGGUUUUGUACUGAAAUCAAUGUACCCAGAGGAGGACGGAAACUACCUGUCCCCCGGCUACACCAUGGCGCUACCCUACAGAGUGCUGCUGAGGCUACUGUAGACCUUCAUUGCAAAACAGUGUGUUUUAAUCAAUUAUUUGGUGACGUGAAUAUAUUUAGUAUAGUUUUAUCUAAAAAGGAUACUUUUUAAAAAAUCACUGAGGAUGGUCCUCUCCUUCCUCCUCUGAGGAGCCUCCACUGGUGUAAACAUUGCAUGCGUGUACAUUUACAUUUACAUUUACGUCAUUUAGCAGACGCUCUUAUCCAGAGCGUGUAGAUAGUCUUCUAUGUAUUAUAAACAUUUUCCUGAAGCAAUUAUUGUGUCAUUACAUAGUAGUUAUGAGUUUGAAUUUAGUUACUUUAGUUAUAAACACUUGGGAAAUUUUUUCCCACAUUGAGAUGGAUAAUAAACACUUGUGGUUAGGUGCUCACCAGUUGGAAAUGGCACUUUGCGAUUAGUAGCACUAACGUAACUACUUGGCCUAUCCUAACAGGAGGUGCCUAAAGAGGAGGACUCUGAGGUGAAGACUCUGGUCCGGAGGAACCAAAUGAUGCAGAAGCUGUUGGCUGUGUUGGACAGUGCUGCUCUGCUGGGGAAAGGGCCUGCCAUGAAGGACUUCAUCCCAGAGGGAGACUCCCUCCACGAGCUCAAGACCGGCCCUGGCCCAGGAAGGUACUGGAGGAUGCACACAUACUGCCCUCCUCUCAUCUAAUGCUAGUGUAGCAGAUGUGCACUACAUUUUUACAUUUUAGUCAUUUAGCAGACACUCUUAUCCAGAGCGACUUACAGUUAGUGAGUGCAUACAUAUUUCAUACUGCCCCCCCCCCCCGUGGGAAUCGAACCCACAACCCUGGGGUUGCAAGCGCCAUGCUCGACCAACUGAGCUACAGGAGGCUACACUAGUAGCCAUUGUGCAGGUCUACUCUGUUACAUUAGCAUAGUCUUGAAGAAAGCUGUCAAUAUAGAAAACUACAGCAACAUAGUGGAUUAUGCAGAUCAUUAUUCCAUAACAAUUACUGUUCAGGUUUUUUUUUAUGUUGCAAGAGUUAGUACAUUGUUGCCAUAUGGCAUGAUUAUCAAGAAGCUCAAGAUACACUACAUGGCCAUCAUCGUCCAACAUCUCAUUACAAAAUCAUGGGUAUUAAUAUGGAGUUGGUCCCACCAUUACUCCUCCUCCACCAAACUAUACAGUUUGCAUUCAGGUAGGUAGCGUCCUCCUGGCAUCCGCCAAACGGAGAUUCGUCCAUCGGACUGCCAGAUGGUGAAUUGUGAUUCAUCACUCCAGAGAAUGCGUUUCCACUGCUCCAGAGUCCAAUGGCGGCGAGCUUUACACCACUCCAGCCGACACUUGGCAUUGCGCAUGGUGAUCUUAGGCUUCGGCCAUGGAAACCAAUUUCAUGAAGCUCCCAACGAACAGUCCUUGUGCUGAUGUUGCUUCCAGAGGCAGUUGGGAACUCGGUAGUGAGUGUUGCAACCGAGGAUAGACGAUUUUUACGCAGUACGCGCUUCAGCACUCGGCGGUCCCGUUCUGUGAGCUUGUGUGGCCUACCACUUCACAGCUGAGCCGUUGUUGCUCCUAGACGUUUCCACUUCACAAUAACAGCACUUACAGUUGACCGGGGCAGCUCUAGCAGGGCAGAAAUUUGAUGAACUGACUUGUUGGAAAGGUGGCAUCCUAUGAUGGUGCCAUGUUGAAAGUCCCUGAGCUCUUCAGUAAGGCCAUUCUACUGUCAAUGUUUGUCUAUGGAGAUUGCAUGGCUGUGUGCUCGAUUUUAUAAACCUGUCAGCAACAGGUGUGGCUGAAAUAGCCGAAUCCACUAAUUUGAAGGGGUGUCCACAUACCUUUGUAUAUAUAGUGUAUGUCUCUAGCUCACUAUGUUUCUCAAAUGACAUGCAUACCUGCCUCCUACACCCUCCUCCAGAUCAUCAGGGCUUGUUGGUCCUCUUCUCAAGGACACCACCCACCUGUCUCACUUCAAGACAGGAGACCUGGGCCUCGUACCGCGACGGACACACAACUACAACAACAUCCUGUCCAAGAUGGUACCCCUCUCCAAGAGCACCUGCCUUCAACUGCACAGGUGAUUGAGCUGCAUUUUAUGCUUGCCAAAAAUACUCUUAGAUUAGUAAAUGCAAUAAAUGUCGUCAGUGUAUAUAUUAAUAAACUCAGCAAAAAAAGAAACGUCCCUUUUUCAGGACCCUGUCUUUCAAAGAUCAUUUGUAAAAAUCCAAAUAACUUCACAGAUCUUCAUUGUAAAGGGUUUAAACACUGUGUCCCAUGCUUGUUCAAUGAAUCAUAAACAAUUAAUGAACAUGCACCUGUGGAACGGUCGUUAAGACACUAACGGCCAUUAAGGCAAUUAAGGUCACAGUUAUGAAAACUUAGGACACUAAAGAGGCCUUUCUACUGACUAUGAAAAACACCAAAAGAAAGAUGCCCAGGGUCCCUGCUCAUCUGCGUGAACGUGCCUUAGGCAUGCUGCAAGGAGGCAUGAGGACUGCAGAUGUGGCCAGGGCAAUAAAUUGCAAUGUCCGUACUGUGAGAUGCCUAAGACAGCGCUACAGGGAGACAGGACGGACAGCUGAUCGUCCUCGCAGUGGCAGACCACGUGUAACAACACCUGCACAGGAUCGGUACAUCCGAACAUCACCCCUGCGGGACAGGUACAGGAUGGCAACAACAACUGCCUGAGUUACACCAGGAACGCACAAUCCCUCCAUCAGUGCUCAGACUGUCUGCAAUAGGCUGAGAGAGGCUGGACUGAGGGCUUUUAGGCCUGUUGUAAGGCAGGUCCUCACCAGACAUCACUGGCAACAACGUCGCCUAUGAACACAAACCCACCGUCGCUGGACCAGACAGGACUGGCAAAAAGUGCUCUUCACUGACAAGUCGCGGUUUUGUCUCACCAGGGGUGAUGGUCGGAUUCGCGUUUAUCGUCAAAGGAAUGAGCGUUACACCGAGGCCUGCACUCUGGAGCGGGAUCAAUUUGGAGGUGGAGGGUCCGUCAUGGUCUGGAGCGGUGUGUCACAGCAUCAUCGGACUGAGCUUGUUGUCAUUGCAGGCAAUCUCAACGCUGUGCGUUACAGGGAAGAUAUCCUCCUCCCUCAUGUGGUACCCUUCCUGCAGGCUCAUCCUGACAUGACCAUCCAGCAUGACAAUGCCACCAGCCAUACUGCUCGUUCUGUGCAUGAUUUUCUGCAAGACAGGAAUGUCAGUGUUCUGCCAUGGCCAGCGAAGAGCCCGGAUCUCAAUCCCAUUGAGCACGCCUGGGACCUGUUUGAUCGGAGGGUGAGGGCCAGGGCCAUUCCCCCCAGAAAUGUCUGGGAACUUGCAGGUGCCUUGGUGGAAGAGUGGGGUAACAUCUCACAGCAAGAACUGGCAAAUAUGGUGCAGUCCAUGAGGAGGAGAUGCACUGCAGUACUUAAUGCAGCUGGUGGCACACACCAGAUACUGACUUUUACUUUUGAUUUUGACCCCCCCUUUUUUCAGGGACACAUUAUUCCAUUUAUGUUAGUCACAUGUCUGUGGAACUUGUUCAUUUUAUGUCUCAGUUGUUGAAUCUUGUUAUGUUCAUACAAAUAUUUACACAUGUUAAGUUAGCUGAAAAUAAACUCAGUUGACAGUGAGAAGACGUUUCUUUUUUUGCUGAGUUUAUAUAUUAGUUACAGUAGAUACAGAGAGUGGGUGAUUUUUUUAUAUUAAUUCAAUGGUCGGAAGUAUGUUUUAUGUUAAGUGGGUUUUUAAAAUGUAAACAUUGGUUUAAUAUAUCAGAUUUGGUCCGAUUUGUGUCAAUGUCUUGUUGAUUGUAGCCUCUCUGUUUGUCAGGAAACUCCCACCACCCCAGAAGAGGACCAGCCCAUCCAAACCCUCUGUUCCAGAGAGCCUGGCUCCUCCGCUGGGGGAACCUCCCAGAGGGAGCCUGCUUUUCCCCCACAGGCCCUCUCCAACCAGGGGCAGCGCCGCUGAACCCAUCCUCAGAUAG